GUAUCAAGCGGCAUGCGGGCGGAUCUCCUGUAUCAAGGCUCUACUAUAGGCUGUUGUUGGUCCCCCAGCUCUCCUUCCGGUUCCGGCACGGCCAAUUCCAAGAUGGGAUGGUGAGAGCAUGCAUGCGGCCUGCCGCCUCCGCGUCCUCGGGGCCCCGCGUGCUCGUGCUCGGCGGGACUGGCCGUGUCGGCGGCUCAAUGGCCACCGCGCUCUCCCAGCUCCGGCCCGACCUCAACAUCCUCAUCGGCGGAAGGAACCGGGAGAAAGGGAUGUCGCUGGUAUCUAAGCUCGGAGAACGAUCUGAGUUCAUCCACGUUGAUAUUCGCAAUACAAGCAGGCUGAAAGCCGUGUUGGAGGGUGUGGAUUUGGUGGUUCAUGCGGCUGGACCAUUCCAGAGGGAUGACAAAUGCACAGUCCUGCAGGCAGCAAUAUUUACCAAGACAAGGUACACUGAUAUCUGCGAUGGAGUGGACUAUUCAUGGAGGGCAAAAUCUUUCCAUGAACAAGCAAGAGCUUCCGGCGUCCCAGCUCUCAUAACUGCAGGGAUAUCUCCUGGAGUGAGCAAUGUGAUGGCAGCUGAGCUUGUACGUACUGCAAAAGGCGAGAGUGGUGGUGAACCAGAAACACUCAGAUUCUUCUAUUACAUUGCAGGUACAGGUGGUGCAGGUCCAACUACGUUGGGCACAAGCUUGUUACUUCUUGGGGAGGAUGUAAUUGCCUAUGAUAAAGGGAGCGAAAUCAAACUAAAACCCUACAGUGGAGCUCGCAACAUUGAUUUUGGAAAAGGGAUUGGGAAGAAAUAUGUUUACUUGAUGAACUUACCGGAGGUGAAGAGCACACACAAAAAUUUAGGUCUGCCAACUGUUCGUGCUCGAUUUGGUUCAGAUCCUUUCAUCUGGAAUUGGGGAAUGGAAACGUUCGCAAACUUCUUGCCUUUUGUAUGUGUUAUUUCUCAAAUUAACUACUACCUCCGACCUGGUUUAUUAGUCUCCCUCGCACUUUGGGUCAAAGUUUGACAAUAGAUUUAACUGACAAGAUAUAAUUUAUAUGUAACCAAAAAAAUAUCGUUGAAAACUUCAGUCAAAUACGAAUCUACCCAUAUAUUUUUAUGGCAUAUAACUUAUAUUUUGCUACUAAUCAAAUCUAAGGUCAAAGUUUAACACAAAAUAAGAAGGGUACUGAUAAACCCGCAUCUUAAAAUUGUGUUACUGAUACUUGUACCAACCAAAGGUUACAAGGUAUGAGUACCAAGAAAAAGCUUCCUUCAGGAAAAUGGAGAUCGAAAUUUGGCAACUUCAUCUUAUUAAAUGAAAUUGAUAGUAAUAAAUGUUUUGACUUCUUGAAAAGAAUCAUGUAGAUGGAGGUGU